GUCGUUUGUGUCCGUUGUAGGUUCUAGUGUCAGUACCUGCCGGACCAGAGCCGCGUCUCUAGUCCGGCCAUGUGUGUUUGUGUCAUCGCAUCUUUUGUUUGUCGUCUCUUCUCAUGGCAGAGAUGUGAUGGGUACUAAGGUGAACCAGUGCAUAAGCCUGCUGGAGGAUUGCCUCGCUCUCCAGCUCCAACGGGUUGGGGGACCACCCCCUUCGGUCCGCGAUGACCAGUACUGGAUGUACGAUAGUGGAUACCUCCUUUUCCAGGGAUUCUUGGAAGCUAACCUCAAGUGCUUUUGGGACCCGGGCCUGACUUCGGCAGUGCGAGGACUCCAGUUCAAAGGUUACGUCUGCCCGGGUGUGCUCCUCGUCGGCGGCUCUCCCCCCGCCCUCCACCUCCUCAGGGCAGCCUGGGCCAGGAAUGUCCUCAAGCCACCCCCCAACUACCUCAUCAAGCUACUGGGAGAUGUGGAAGACUGCACCGUCUCUAAAGUCCACCAGACAGGCUUCACCCCUCUACCCGAUGCUGUCUGCUGGGUGAUACUCCAGCUCGGAUCUGCAAGUCAAAAUGCUGUCCUCGACUCUAUCCAGUCCAGCUUGAUAUCUGCUUUCCCAGAUAUGGAACAACCUUCCAGGCAUGUCCUCUAUGACACUCUGGCUGACCUCAUGUCUGCAAAUAAGAUCUACCAGACCGCCCAAGGUUAUUUCGUUUCGAACCCGGAAAGCAGUAGGGGAUCAGGUGAUAGUAAUUCUCGUCAAGUUCUGCUUACUCAUGCUGAAGCAGCAGCAAUAGCAUCGGGUGAAAUUGUCACGAUUAGGGAAGGAGCCAAAACUCACCAAGCUAUACAGACAAAUCUAGCUGAUGUAAUAUGUGGAGGUAACAAGAGUGAUAAAAUUCUAUACGCAAGGGCACCAGCACGGACACCAGGGAGGAAGCUGGAGAGGAGGCACUCCAUGAGGCUGCUGGGCAGCUCAAGGAGGCUUUCUUCACUUCACAGGGCAGGUUCUGUCAGGCUGCUGCACAAUAGCACUGAAAACAACCAAAAAAAGUGCUCAUUAUUCUCCAAACUCUUCAAGUGGUCAAAAAGGCAACCACAAUCUCCAAGUGGUAUUUCUUCUACAAUAUCCAUGCCUUUCCCACCGCAGGAAUGGUUUAACUCAACUGUCCUUGGUCUGCAUUCUGUCGGAACUCAGACGAAAACUCUUAGUCGUGGAGAUGGUGAGUGGUCAUCAGAAUGUGGCUCUGUUAGAUCUCGACGGAGAUCUCUCAGCACAUCACGACUUCCAAGAAGACAAACACGGCCACCAUCUGUAUCCCCCUCAAGGCCUUCGACCUCUUCGACACCAACGUCUUCAAAGACUGCACUUGCAACGACUCCAAAGGCAAUGUCUUCAACAUCGUCUGGUUACAAUUCUCUUCCCCGAUCACAUAAAUCAAAAUGUAAGUCUCCGCAAGUGAACAACCCUUCUACAAGGCAUUCAGGAAACACUAUCAAAGUGGAGUUGUCUGCAACCCCUACCAGUUUGACCGCGGAUACUAAAGUUGACACAAGGAUGUCUGCUUCCAUUAAUGACCCUUCAGCAACCAUGACCACCACUAUAAAUGGCCAUAACUCAACAAAAAUUUAUGUUCAACAACAAAAUUCUCCUAUUAGAUCAGUAAUAACUUUUGAAAAAAGCAAAAAACCAGUAAAUGAAAAAAUCAAAGAAGAACCAGAUCGAAAUGAGAGAGGUAGUAGUAAAACUGAAUCGAAAAGAAGCAGAAGGCCGUCAUCACUCUAUCAACAGAGAGAGAGGGAAAGUGCAAAAGAAAACAGUAGUAAAAAUAAAGUAAGCCUCGGUCAAUUGGAUAAUAAUGUUAAAAUGAAAUUUCCAUCAACAGAGACAAUUCAGAUGGAAGAGAAGGUUUUAGUUUCCGGGAAUAAAAACAACAAAAAUCUUUGUCAAAAGAAAAAUGUUUUUGAGGUAUCAAACAUGUCCCUGAAAGCAGGCAGUCUAAUUGAUGUGGCCGAAUACACAGCAGCUAAUGAGCGAAUGAACAAUGUUCGGAAAGCGUCUGCCUCCCUGACGCCCCUUCAGCCCGCUUUAAGCACUGACAAAGUCUUGGAAAGCCUUAGCUACAUUAAUGUUUUGAAAGAGACACAAGAUUCCCUCUCCAAACAUGAAGAAAAAAACUUCUGUAACAACUCAAACAACAAACUCUCAGUUACUAUAGAAAAAACAAUUGAUGUAACUGGUAAAAAAACUGAACCUACUAUUUGUUCGUUCCCAUCUCUUAGUAACCUCUCUUUACAUUUCACGUCGAUAGCUGCACAAAAUAUUUUAAAUGGUGUCAGCAUAAAUUCUUUAGACACAUUAGUCGAAGGAAAUGAAAAACACAGUUUAAAAGAUAUUGGUAUUCAUAGCGACCUGGGUGUAGUUUAGGCAGUUUGACAGUGCCUUAGCGAUUAAAAUGUAAAUAAAGGCAUUGCCGACUUGAUCAUCCACAAUAUUUUUAUUGUAUAUCAUAGAGUGAUUUCCUAGCAUUUAUGUUUAAUGUAAAUACUAGGGGAAUUAAACUAAUCCCAGUGAUAUGAAUUGUAGACUAAUAAUUUUGAGUAAAUAAUAUGUAGAUGAUAGAAACACAAAUAAAUAUUUAUAAUAAUAAUCAAAAUGAAAUCAAUAUAUAUGUAUUUUUUCACUAGUUUUAAUACUUACAAUGAAUUAGAGGCCAUAUUGUAAUGAUAACGUAUUAUUGUAAAUAUUUUUUGAGUAAGUAAUAUUACACUGAUGCCUUAUGUCAUACCAAGUUGUGCCAAACUUCAGCUAUAGUAUAACUACUCAAGUGGUCAGGAAUCGUGCACUGUUCUAUGUAAUGAAUAAUUUUGAUUAGUAAAUAAUUUAGCUGAACAUCAGUGCUUGAGUCUUGAACGUACCAUUAAGUUACAAAUACGCAGAAAAUUUCUGCAAUAGCUGGAAUCUUUCAUCACUGUGUGAGAUAUCUUGAGUGAAUAAUUUUAAUCAAAUAUUAUUUUUUAAUUAUGUUUACAAUAUACUUGUAAUAAAUGAAAAUAAAUUUCUAUUUAUAAGGUGCAAAGUAUUUUAAAAUUUUCUGCCUUUAAAUCUAGUUUUUUCAAUGAUUCAAUAGUAAUUGUGAAAAUAUAAUUUUAACAUUAUACA